AGUGGUUGCGUUUUAGUAUUUUGUUUUUGUUUUUUUAGUGCUCUUUUUGGAAACAAUGAAUCGACUUUUCGGGAAAGCUAAGCCCAAAGGACCACCACCGAAUCUGACAGACUGCAUCGGGAAUGUUGACGGCAGAGCUGAGUCUAUAGACAAGAAGAUUGCAAGACUUGAUGCCGAGCUUGUCAAAUACAAAGAUCAAAUGAAGAAGAUGAGGGAAGGGCCAGCUAAAAAUAUGGUGAAACAGAAGGCCAUGAGAGUGUUGAAGCAAAAGAAAAUGUAUGAACAGCAGAGAGAUAAUCUAACGCAGCAAUCUUUUAACAUGGAGCAAGCCAAUUAUACUAUUCAGUCACUAAAAGACACAAAAAUAACAGUAGAUGCUAUGAAAACUGGUGUCAAGGAAAUGAAGAAAGCUUACAAGGAAGUCAAAAUUGAUCAAAUUGAGGAUUUACAAGACCAACUGGAAGACAUGAUGGAAGACGCAAAUGAAAUCCAGGAAGCUCUUGGACGUAGCUAUGGAACUCCAGAAAUUGAUGAAGAUGAUUUGGAAGCAGAACUGGAUGCACUAGGUGAUGAACUAUUAGCAGAUAAUGACUCUACAUAUCUGGACGAGGCUGCAACAGCACCUGCAAUUCCUGAAGGUAUUCCCAGUGAUUCCAAAACAAACAAGGAUGGCGUGCUGGUGGAUGAAUUUGGACUACCUCAGAUUCCUGCAACAUAGAACCUAAUACCACUGCCUUGCGAGCCUGAAAUGGUGGUUGGAGCUCCUUUUUAUACAUACAAUACCAUAGUAUUUGUAAAAUAUAAAAAUAUUAUUUUCAGAAUAAAAGUGUGUACUCAUCAAGAUUUCUUAAUCACUACAUCCUGAAACUCAUCUUAAACAGAAGGCAUCUGCUUAUCGGUCUGCUUUUGUCUGAAGAACAGAGUGAUUGCCUGAUCAGUUUGUGUAGAGAUGAUUGACUUGUUAGUGGUCUGACUGUUUUUUCUGUAUGUGGACAUUUUCUGUGUGAUGGUUAUUUAUUUAAUAUUUGUGAGAUGAUUUUCUGGCCUGAAAAUAUAAAAUUGCUUUAACUGGGAGAGUCAUUUGGGCAGUAAUCCAUUACUUACAACGGUAUUGACUUUAACAGGUUUAAACAAUUGCCUUAAGAAGAUUUUGUAGUGGCGUGUAUUGGCAAAAGCUGUCAGCGUUAUCUUGCAUUUCCUACAUCCUUUUUAGUUCUUCUGAAAACUUGAUUGCCUGGUUUUGAGAGUAGGGCUUAGCAUUCAAUUUUCUGUUGAAAUAAAUGGGCCAUGAUUUCUUGUUGAUCCUAAGAGUUGGUGUAAUGGCUUUUCAGUGAAGUCUGUUAGUAAGUUCCUUUAUGGUAGAAAAAUAGCACUUAAAGAUUAUUCACACUUAAUGCUUAUUUUAUACUUUUAUCAUAUUAGGGCUAGCUAGCCACACAACAGUAUAAACAGUGAUUAAUGUUGAUGUGGCACCCUGGCCCACAUGUCAUAAUGGGGUAAAGGAUGUUGAUGAUAUUGACAACUCACAGUAAAAUCUUAAUAAAAGUAACAAAAUGAAGAUAAAGGUUUUACAAGUUUUUAUUUUACACAGUAAAAGAUAGAAGGUUAGAGGAAAAUAGAUAUGACUGAAGAUUUUAGCCCUUCAUUCAGAAGUCUGCACAGCAUUUAGUGGAACUGAAGUAACAUAAACCACAACAGCAAGAGACAGAACCAUGUAGAGGUCUGUAGGUCCUCACUCUGCAGGUAGUGACUCAUGUAAAGGAUGAUCAGCUUGUCAUAAAAAUUAGAAGAGGAAAGUCACUUUCAGCUGGAUGGGAGACUAUGGCCAGAAAUGUGCUUCUGGUCUUUAUCUGUACUAGAGGGGCCUAAAUCAGUAAAUUGUGUCAAUAAGAUUAACACCUGGAGAGGCACCUUUUACUGUGCAAGAUUCUUUGUUGAAGUCCUUGUCUUUUUCAGAUGUAGGGCAUCACUUUUAUGGUUUCAUUCCAUUCUAGAAAAAUAGGUGCAGUCCUGCCCAUCACUAUUUCCACAAGCGGCAUUGGGCCUCGAGGAAAUCAAGGGUAGGCCUUUUUGAACUGUGAUAAUCUCUGUUGGUUUUGCUACCUAAAACAGAUUGCAGUACAUUUACUCAGAGUAUUUUAAAGCAGUUUACCUUGCACCAGCUAAUAGUGUAUGACAGUCACAGCACUGCUAUGUUUCUUGAAAGUCUGUAAACCAGCAUUGCCUGUCUACCGGAUCUUUAAUAUAAGACGAAAGUAUAAGCCUAUUUUGUUACAAAUUUCUCUUAUGUGAAGUUUCAUGUAUACAUUAAUGCUAUUUCUGGAUGCAUUUGUGAUCAGAAGGAAUAGGAAGAGGAGUCUCAAAUAUGAUGAUAAUCCAGAGGAGUUGGGAAAUUGAUUUUCAUACCUACAUAUUUUGAAUGGGGUAUUGAAAGUCUCUCUCUCUCCCUACAAAGAGAGAUUGCAAUUACUUAGUAAGAGCCAGCAGCAUUAAUUUCAGGAAGUUACCAAUGUUUUAUUUCAGAUUCCUGCUUGUCAGCAAACAUUUAGUUCUCAAGAAAGUAAAUAAGCUGUAUAGUCCCCCUCUGAUUAGACUAUACUUAUUUCUUAGCUAAAAACAGGGCCUCCACACAUGCUCACACACCGUUGUUGUAUAUCGUUGACAAUUCCAGAAGACUACAGUGACUCGAAUGAGCAAGGAUGUUAGGCUUAUACUUAUGAACCUGUUAGUAACAGGUGUAUUGGUAUCAGACUUCUGUUUUUUAUAUAUCCUAGAUACCCUUUGCGGCAGUAUGAUCAGAAGGUAAAGUGGAAGAGUUGCAUGAUUUUGUGUUGCCUAUUCUGCUUAGGCAUUUUAGCCUCCAUUAAUCCAUGUUACAGCCACUGUGCUGAUAAUUAGAAGACUUUUUUUUAGUCAGCUUUCCCUGCGUUCAGUAGGCAUUAUUGCAAAUUAAGAAGCUGUAGAUGGCAUUUUAGCAGAACUAGAGAAAGGUAAAGUCAUGACUGUAGUCAAAAAGCUGUUAUAAUUUCACUCCAAGAUAUCCCCAAAUCUGUCAGAGAUCCAGUAAAACUGGUUGUAGCAAGAACAGUGAAGUAAAUGAUCUUAAAUACUCCACAAAAGGCUCCUUCAAGCUGAAAAGAGUAUAUGAUGUGACUCUCGCCCUUUACCUGUCCAUCUGCCAAUUCACCUGGUGUAAUAUUUUUUUUUAAUUCAUAUCCAUGGCCCAGUUCAUCAUGCUCAUCAAGCCAAAUGUAAAUUGUGGAGUUUAUUUUUGGCUGUUGCAAGAAGUUUAUUUACUGCAGGCUGUUUAGAGAGGGGCAGGAUUAUGUUAAAGACUUUUCGUAGUACGAAAAGAGGACAAUAAAUGAAGAUGCAUACUGAACUUUUCAUCCAUCAGCCACUGUGGGGCAGUCAUGCAAUUCAGAAUACUGACUCUGAACACUGCUUCUUAUGCUUAAUUGGAAAUUCUGGAUGGAUAACCUCAAUGGAAAUGAAUGCCUGUCUUCACUUUUCUGUUCAUCCUGUCCUCCAGAAAGUAUUUCGACCAUUCCAUUUCCAGUUUAAAUCUCUUUCCUUUGGUCUUUGUAAAGCCCUGAGAAUUUCCAGAAUGUACUUGGACCUAGUGUUUGUCUUUCCAAGGGCUCGAUAUACUCUUGAUUUAGAUGUCUUUGAGCAAUACCCGUUUACUGUUUUUGCUUUAUAUAGUCAAAGUAAUCAAGUUCUUCGUUUACCUGAAUUACAUGAACAAAUCCAAGUUGGCUCUGCAAGUGACUCCAAGAUAUUUUUUUUCAAAGGAGUGCUAGUGUCUACAGAUUCAAGUUUUUUUCUUCCACAGGACAUGUCUAAAUAUAUCGCCCUUUGUACUUCAUGUAACAAUAUCUUCUAAUACCUCAGGGGCCCGGGCUGUGUAAACAAAUAUUCUGAAGGCUCCCCUGCAAGCCUUCGUGUGAGGAGUACACUUUGGAGUUCUUGAAAAAAGCCUGAAAUGAAGACACAUACUGUAAACCAAACAGUUCCAGUUGCAGAGCUCACUAGUUCUGCCUCAGAUGCUUUCAGUGGGCAUGCUCUUUGUUUCUGUAGUUCCCCGCUGUUUUAACAGUGGAUCUGUCCAAUUAUAAUUGAGGAGGUUAUGUAGAUUCCCACAUAGCUCAAAGUUCAUGUGUCACAAAAAAAACUACAUGUCAGCCAUGUGAGGCUGAGAGUAAUAUUAUUGGCUUUGAAAUACUUAAGAAGUGGAUUUUUAGAGGCUUUACAGAUGAGAAGAAGACAGUAUAAGUCUGUAUAACUCUCUUAUUUUAACUAAACAAAUAAGAGGGGAACCCGGCUUGUCCCUUUAGUAAAUUAAUGGUGUUCAUUUUAGAUGAACAGUACCUCACCAAGUAAACUUAGAGGCUGGCUUAUCCUCCAGUGGCUGACACUUCUGGUAAAAUGGUAUCUGAAUUCAUGGAGUCUGUAUUAUAUCAUUGAAUGGCCACAUUGUCGAAUGGCAUCUUGUCAGCAAUGCAGGCCGUAGAACCCCUCACAUCACUUGCUAUUUAUAUAUACCAUCUCUGAGAUUGCAGUACAGUGGGGAAAAAGGCACAUUUCCUGAUCCCAAACGUAAUGCAAUCUCAGAACGGUUUGCUGCCCUGCAUUGUUGACAAGAGGCCAUUCGAUGGUAUAACAUAGACAUAAAUUCAGCUUUCAGUGGGAAGAAAUCAUUAUACAGUCAUUCACAGCAACACUGCAUGAAUUAAGUUAAUUCAUACCAUCAUGGCUAAAGUAGUUCCAGUUUGAAUCAUUCCUGGUGUUCCUGUUUUCUUCCCCACGUGAAAGCACAAAACAACCCCUUUCUUAAGUUGCUAGUUCUUGGUGUUGCUUUUUGUACAGCAAAACAAUAGAAGGGCCUUUUAAGGCACACUUGGUAAUUGCUGGUGCCACUUAUUUCCAAAACAUUUUAGUUGAUAAGCUUGACUGAAAUUGUAAGUAGAAUACACUGUCUUAAAGGUAAGACAAACACUUCCAUUUUUUCACGAGAUCCUUUAGUUGCUGACCACGGUGGACUUUCUGGGAAGUCCUUGAGAUUCAGCCUGUACAUUAAUGGAUGACUGCUCGAGUGAUUACCUUGAAAUCUGGUAGUAAUUAGUGUGAACUAUUUUCCAUUGAAGUACAUCUGUGAGGGAGAAUUCAUUUUGGCGGUAAGGGCUUCCAUAUAUCAUUUCUUGCUGGGUUUGUUUUCCAUAUGGAAUAUAAUUAAGUACAACUGUGUAGUAUGACAAAGUUCACUUCUGUAUGUGGUCAGAUUGGCUUUACAGGUAUUUUUGUAUAUAGUUCUUUUUAUCAUUGUAAUAGGUUUAAUGUAGCUAUUAUCAUUUUUUCUAUUUUGAUUUUCUCAUUUAGAGCAAUUGUUCUGAAUGCCUGCCAGUAAGAUUAUGUAGACAGCUUAUGUCAACCAGUAUUAUUUUUGCUUUUUCACAAGGUGCUUAAGAUAGCUUGUAUAAAGGAGUAACAGAAAGUAGCCAUGGCCAUCAUGCCUAAUAUCGGAGUAAAGCAGUAAGUAAUUGACUGCUUCCCAAGUGACUCAAAUAACUUAUCCUAAUAGAGCUGCUGUCAGUGGUUAGUACCUCAUGUAACUGUUCUUUACUCAAGAUUGACCAUAUGCUGUGUUUUAUUUUGAUUUUUUUUCCUCCAGAGUAAUCCAGCUUCGGUGGCUUGCUACAUUUUGUAAAAUAACUUGUGCAUAACUUCAUGUAAUAAAAUGUAUAUACUUGGUUAA